ACCCAACGGCAUAGUGCCUUUUCAAACCAUUCGCACUAAGACUAAAGCAAUARUUAUCAUGAAGCUUCAUGGCCCUGUGUCUUUUCUAUUAUCGACGUUUUCUGCGUCGUCGUCUUUGGCGUUUUCAUUUUCCCCGGCAGCUGUCAGUAAGGUUUGCCCUGUUAUCGAACAUGCACAAAAAAGUGCACUUCUUAUGAGUGACGACGAUGACUUUUUCGCUGAUUACGAUCCCUCCAAGUACGACUCCUACAACAGCAGUGGUGAUGAUUAUGGUGGAUAUGGAGGCGGAGGCGGUCGAAGACAAGGAAGACGAGAUUCAUACUCAUCUCGUGGUGGCGGUGGUAGCUAUGGCGGGAGAAGGGGUGGUCGAGGUGGUCGAGGUGGUCGAGGGCGACAAUCCUUCUCGUACGAACGGGACACUUCUCAGGACAACUCAAACGUCGAUGAAGCCACCGUUGAGGACAUGAUCCGCCGGCGGUCCGAUGCAAAACGAGAUCGCGAUUACGAAACCGCCGACGCCAUCCGUGAAGAGCUGUUGACAGACUAUCAUGUAGGUAUCGAUGAUCGAGAAAGGACCUGGAGGACCGGCGUCUCGGCUUCCGGAAGCGGCCGUGGCAACUUUCGGAACGGAGGAGGACGUGGCAGUCCACACCGCGGAGGAGGCGGCCGACGACCCCGACAAAAUUUUGGUCCAAACGGCCACGAUUACGAGAUGUCCRCCGACGUCGGACCGAACUCCUCUGGUCUGGCAGAAGACGAAAUCCACGCGAUGAUUGCCGAUCGCCUCAUGGCAAAACUAUCCCGUGAUUUUGGGACCGCGGAYGGGAUUCAGACGGACCUCGUCGCACGGGGUGUCUUUGUCCACGACGGGAUCAAAGAAUGGAGAUGGGAUGGUGUUCCMUACGGUGAUUUUUCAGAACGGCGGGGCCAUGACCGMAGAGGGAAUCCCGGAAAAAYCGAGGGCAGCCGAAGCAGUUACGAUAUUGCAUACAUAAAAUCCUCCUUCUCCKCAAAUGCCGAGGGUGUCGWCGACGAGAUGAUCGACAAGCUCGUUGCGGAGCGACUUAGGUUCAAGCUCGACAGGAAUUUYGACAAGGCCGAUGCCAUCCGAGAMGGCCUUAGGACUCRAUACAACGUUCUUAUUGACGAUAGGUGAGUUCGGAUUCGAYCAUUUUCUUCUACAAUGAUGAAGYAGAUCUCCGUCGCUGAUCGUGGGUCUAUUUUGGCUACUUUGGUGUGCUAACUUCAUUUUUUUACUUUCGACACGGAAUCGAAUCUUGGGAAAUUUUGUGGAUAUCAAAUCGCAACCGUCGGAACCAAUUCUUAGAUUGAAAAUGUGGAGCGUGGGUGGUGAUUUCGGCGAGGAACACAACAACAGACGGGAGCUGGCACAUCAGUUCGCCACCCGGGGGUACAUCAAAUCCAAGAGCUCCUUGUCGGUCUCCCCAGGAGACGAGACAUAUAUCCAGGAGCAAAUCGACGAGCGAUUUUURGCCAAGAGAGACCGCGACUUCCGAACCGCCGAUGACAUUCGCCAGCACCUUCUCGAGGACUAUGACGUCUCGAUCAAUGACAAGCUGAAGAUGUGGUCGGUAGGAGGGGCCUUUGACGAAGACGGGGGUAACAACAAACCGAGGGGUGUCUACAGCCGGAGGGGGGGAGGAAACCUGUCGGACGAAGCCGUCGAAGAGAUCCAGGGCCUCCUGGCGGAGCGCUACACCYAUAAGAAAAACCGAGACUUUGACGCGGCCGAURCCAUCCGUGACGACCUUGAAGCUCGGUACGAUGUCAGGAUCGACGAUCGAUCCAGCGAAUGGAGGGUCGACACGAACGAGUAUUUCGCCGCCUACACCGGCAGCCUUUCGGACGCCGACAUCGAAUACGUGUCGAGCAAGCUCCGCGAACGGUUCCAGUGCAAGCGCGAUCGGGACUACGAUGCCGCGGACGCGAUUCGAGACGAACUGGGAGACAGCUUCGGCGUGAGCGUAGACGACCGCACCAAGGAAUGGAAGGUCGAGACGGUCCAAGAAGACCAGCAUAGCAUGCCCUACAACAAACAACAGGAGGACGACGGUUUUGAUUUCGGGCAGGAUUUCGAGUUGUCCGUGGACGAUUUCGAAGAMGAUGACGAGGAGGAAGGAGAUAACGAUGACGAAGACGAAGCCGACAUCGAAAUUGUUUCUGAAGAAGAUGAGGAGGAGGAAAUCGAGGCAGUAGAAGAAGACGAAGAAUCGUCUCUAACAGAAGAAGAACUGUCCAAACUCACCGUUGUGAUACUGAAAGAAAAACUCCGAGAUGCCGGUCUCCCCGUUUCCGGCAAGAAGUCUGAACUUGUCGCUAGGCUUCUAGCUUCGUAAUAAUUGAGUACGGUAACAAAUAAUUUUGAUUCUAUUCAAUCCAAUGCAAGCCAAACGAUUGAUUUUUGAUCGUUACAUACUAUGACUUUAUCCAGGAGUCUUAUUUCUUUGGUAUAUUCUUUCUACUGUUCUGUAAGCCGAUCAGUCUGAAUGUUGUACUGCACACCAAUAACCAGAUUUCAUAUUG